UAAAUUCAGUGACUUGGCUGUUGUGUUGUUGUUUACCUUGUGUUGUUUACCAAGGAAGUACGCCUGUGUGCUGUGCACUUGAUUCAAUUGUUAUUCGUUGUCACGUUGAGCCUGUUGUUACUUUGUAGUUACUCUCUAUUUCAAAAUUCUUCAAUUCACAUAGGUUGAAAUGGUUGCCCCAGAAAAACUUCUAACACUAGAAAACCCGGUGUUUUCAGCUUACCUAUUUUACAGCUGUGUUUUGGCGCUGAAAAUGCUUUCAAUGAGUCUACUCACGGCAAAAGCUAGGUUUAAAAAGAUGGUAUUUGCAAACCCAGAAGAUGCUGCUAUGCAGCCGAAGAAGGGUAAAGUAAAGUUCGACGAUCCAGAUGUGGAGAGGGUACGAAGGGCACAUCUCAAUGACCUCGAGAACAUUCCAGUUUUCCUGAUAGUGGCGUUGGUCUACCUCGCCACAGACCCAAACCCCGUCAUCGCCAUCAACAUCUUCAGAGUUUUCACAGCCGCUCGGAUCAUCCACACCAUCACCUACGCCAUCGUGCCUCUGCCACAGCCUUCUAGAGCUCUGGCGUUUGGUGUCGGAUUUAUAGCAACAGGCUAUAUGGCCUUUCAGGGCUUGAGCAAAUUAACCUUCUAAUCUUUGUUGAUUUUUGGGUAAUAUUUUUAUUUUAUGACAAUAUUAUACAUUUGAUAUUAAAUCUGUUAUGUGUA